AAUGCUCAGAAAGUUACUUUCUUAACACUAGUUAAGAAAAUCCAAUAUAAAAAAAUGUUGUUUUCAAUAUAAAAUUUACUUUCUUGUAUCUUUAACUUCACAUGUUCAAUAUCAAUAAUCUUAAUUAUUGCCACAGGUAUUCCAAUUUGGAUCAGUACCCUUGAAGACUUACUUACCUGAUGGUGAUAUUGAUCUUACUGUUUUUGGCAUCAAUCAAACUUUGCCUGAAACUUUAAUUUAUGAGAUUCAACAAAAAUUACAAAAUGAAAUCAACAAUGAGUUUGCUGAAUUUAGGGUUAAAGAGGUUCAAUUUAUCAAAGCAGAGGUGAAGAUCAUAAAAUGCUUGAUUGAAGAUUUUGUAAUUGACAUAUCUUUCAAUAAAUUGAGUGGUUUAUCUUCACUUUGUUUUUUUGAGGAGGUUGAUAACUUGAUUGGAAAGAAUCAUAUAUUCAAGAAAAGUAUUAUAUUGGUAAAAGCCUGGUGUUACCAUGAGAGCCGCAUCCUCGGUUCUAACAGUGGACUAUUUUCGACCUAUGCACUGAAAGUUUUAGUCUUGUACAUCUUUAAUCUUUACGGAAAUGGAUUUGUUGGACCACUUGAGGUACUUUUUCGAUUUUUGGAGUUCUAUAGUAAAUUUGACUGGAAAAACUAUUGCAUUAGCUUGAGUGGACCGGUGCCCCUAAGCUCACUUCCUAAUAAUAUGACAGCCGAGUCUCCAAGAAAAGAUUGCCAAAGCCAAGACAUACUGCUCACAAAGUGGUUCCUUAAUGCUUGUAUGUUCUAUUAUGGCAAUAGGCCGCGCAGCCAGGAAAAUCAAGAGAAACAAUUUGUUUCCAAACACAUCAAUAUUAUAGAUCCUUUGCGGUUAGACAACAACCUGGGGCGUAGCAUCAGCAAAGGUAGCUUCUAUAGGAUAAGGAGUGCAUUUAGUCUUGGUGCUGAGAGGAUGGUGAGAUUGCUGAACUGCACGGAAGAGUAUCUAAUCGCUGAAUUUGAUUUCUUUUUCAAAAACACAUGGAAUAGACAUGGUAAUGGCUAUUGGAUUCAUGUAAGCAUUUAUAAUCGUUAUAUAAGAAAAGUUCGAAAGUUAACAUGGCAAGAAUCUGAGGAUGAGCAGGCUCAAGCUUCUAACAAGUCUCGGGCUAUUUACCAAAAGCCUGAUAAUCAAUUAAAAGAAUCAAAUCAAAGCUCUGAUGCUUGUGUUGUUUCUCAAACUCAAAACUCAAGUCCGGAAUCUGCUCCUAUAUAUAGUGAGGCUCAAAACCAGCAUUGCAAUGUUUUUGUAUCAGACACAGAAAGUGAACUGGUCCAUUUUUCUUCUUCAAUGUCUGAUAGUAAGAUGGGAUCCACUUCAAGAUCUGAAGUUCUAGACAAUCUAAGUUUUGGGCCGACUUCUUGUGAUUUGAGAAGUGAAAAUGCAGUUAAAUCAAAAAAUGCUUCAAAUAUGGAACUGCAAAAGGAAGAGCCUGAUUGCUCAACUAUUACAAAAAGUAGCAGCAGGAGUCUCCAUACACUGAAACCACCGCAAGGGCAAAAUUUGACAAUAAAUGUGGGAAAAGACAGCGUUGAUCCACCUGCUGUAGUAAUCAAACAUGGCAGUGUAAUGAACUCAGCAGAAAGCUGUAAAUACACACCAGCUUUGGAAUCAACCUCAGAGACCAAUCUUUCGUCCUUGCCUCCGGAGACUACUAAACCUGAAAAUGUCCAUGGUCAGUCAACUGUGAGCUCGGACACCUUCAGGAAUGAGAGCGCCACUUCUGAAUCCGUUGCUUUAAAUGUUCAUGCACUUCAAUCACCAUGUGCAUCCGGUUCCUCUGUGUUACAAUUUCCAUUCAAAUUCAACAAUAUCAGUCAUGUUGAUAUUUUGUAUGGUGAUUUUGAAAGCUAUUGGGCGAACCUUAAAUAUGGGCAGCAUUGUGUGAAUGGACACUCAGAGGAGCCUGUGUAUUUUCCCCCCACUGUUGAACUGCCAAUGGAUUUUCAAGCACAAUAUUAUUGGAACACGAGACCUUCAAGUUCUGUCAACGGUGUGCCUCUCGUAGUUCCUGGCAUGCCACCAACGUUAGCUUCUGACUCGCAAAUUGAGGGCAUAAACCAAGGUGUUUCUUUUUGGCUUCCUGGAUCUAGUGGAGGUACCGGAACUUUCAUGCCAAACCCACUUACUUACCAUGAGAGAAAUUACGUCGAAGAGUUUUACAACGAACAUCAGAAUGCAAAUAACAUAUCUGAGAGACAAGAGGAUUCGAAUUUCAAUUCGAGGGGAAGGUCUUCUAUAUCCGAUUACAGGCAGCCAAGAAAUUUGAAUUCUAAUUCGAGGGAAAGGUUUUCCAGCCGUGGCCAGAAUCAUUACAGGCGAAAUGAGAUAUCUGAAGGUAAGAAAGAAGCACCGCAUCAAGGUGAAGGCGAAGUGUCAAGUAGUGCUGUUAAUGAAUUUGAAAAUUUGGAAAAGGAUUCGAAAGAUAAUUCUCCAUAAUCCAAUUUAUCGGCCUGUACUACAUAGAAAAUGGUUGGAUAUAUACUCAAUUCAAACUUUUAAGGCAGAAUGUGUAGUGUAUAUGUUCUAGACUUCCAGCAGUUAAUGGUUUGAUUCAUGGAUAUGUGGAAUGUGCCAGAUUUGUAGUUUAUCAUGACUUAAUGAUAUUGAUAUUGAUGAUUUUGUCUUACCUUCUUAUCAAGCUUUUUGUGUGAUCAUUUAUAAUGUUUUGUUGCAUUGAUUGAACAGUGUUCUGCAAUA